AUGGCGGCCCCCGUGGCCCUCGUUCAAGGUGCCAGCCGCGGUCUGGGGACACAGUUUUGCAAAUACAUUUUACAAAACAAACCCCUUGCAAAUGUCAUAGCUACGUGUCGGAACCCGGACGGGGCUGUGGAACUGCAAGGGUUAGCCGGACAACACCCGGACAGGCUGACCGUGCUCCAGCUGAACGUGAACAGCGAGGCAGAUAUACGGGAAGCAGCCGACUGGGUGAAGAGGAGCUUUGGACGCCUUGAUUUAAUGGUCAACUCGUCGGCUUUGCUUCAUCCCUCCGGAAGAGGAGAAACCAGUCUGAGGGAUGUUUAUGCACAGGGCGUCAUCACCACCUUCACCACCAACACUGUGGGUCCAUUGGUAAUGGCCAAGUACUUUGCUCCCCUCUUGCAAAAAGGCGGCGGUGGCUUCGGUCGACAGCCAAAAGAAAACGCCAAGCGGCACAGUGGCAUCAUUGUCAACAUCACUGCAAAAGUGGGCUCCAUUGGUGACAAUGGUCUCGGCGGCUGGUAUAGCUACAGAAUGUCUAAAGCGGCUCUUAACAUGGCCACGAAAAACCUCUCCAUCGAGCUGGGCCGUGGUCAGCCCAAGGUGGUAUGUGUUUGCUUGCAUCCAGGAACUGUAGACACGAACCUGUCGAAACCAUAUCACAGGAACGUACCCGAGGGGAAACUGUUCAGCGCAGAACGCUCUGCAGAAUAUCUGAUGGCCAUUGUAGAUGGUCUGGAUGUGGAAAAGACAGGCAAGGCUUAUAACUGGGAUGGUACACAACUGCCCUGGUAA